GUCAUACAACAAAGGUGUGAGGAUUGUUGUCGUUUUCAUUUAACCUCAAAUUGCAAAAGUUUAUUUAUUCCUUUUAUUUUACAGUAAAUAAUUCAAUAUAAUAAGUAGAAAAAUUUAUUCUAAGCGAAAAUAUGGGGAGUAAUUUACCGGAUCUUUUACGAGUUUAUUAUCAAAGACUUUUUCCUUACAAUGAAUAUUACCGAUGGUUGAGUUAUGGUAACGGCCAAUUGUUCUCUCGUCGGGAAUUUUCCUUCACCGUUGAAGACGAUGUUUACAUUAGAUUUCAAGCAUUCAAAAAUUUAAAUCAACUCAUGACUGAAAUGAAAAGAUUGAAUCCCCACAAAAUUGAUAUUGGAGCCGUUUAUAAUGUUCCUCCAACAGAACAUAAGUAUGACACGAAAUUUUUUCCAAUCGAAAAAGAACUUGUUUUUGAUAUCGAUAUGACUGAUUAUGAUGAAGUGAGAACUUGUUGCUCGGGAGCUGAUAUUUGCAGUAAAUGCUGGAAAUACAUGGCAAUAGCUUGUAAAGUUAUUGAUUCUUCAUUAAGAGAGGACUUUGGAUUUAAUCAUAUCCUCUGGGUGUUUUCUGGAAGAAGAGGUAUCCAUUGUUGGGUCUGUGAUAAGAGAGCGAGGAGUCUCAAUCCAGCGGCACGAAGCUCAGUUGCCGAAUAUUUACAACUAAUCCGAGGAGGAGCGUACUCGAAGAAAAAAGUCAUGUUGCGAUACAAAACUCAUCAUUCAGUAGAACGAGCUCUAGGUAUAAUAAAAUCUGUAUUUGUUCCAAUGUGCGUUAUCGAGCAAAAUAUGCUCGGUACGGAGGAAAAUAUAAAUAAAUUUUUGGAGAUUAUUCACACCGAAGAUGAAGUGAGAGUAGACGUGAGAAAUUUAUUAAACAAAUAUUCGACCAGUGAAAAAAGAUGGGAAGCAUUUCAAGAAUAUUACAUCAAACAAUUACAAUCACAAUCGGGUUCAAAGAAAUGGCGAACGAGAAAUUUAAUAGAAGAAAUAAUGAUUCAGUAUUCAUAUCCAAGAUUAGAUAUUCACGUGUCAAAGACUUUAAAUCAUUUACUGAAAUCUCCCUAUUGCGUUCAUCCAAAGACAACAAAAGUUUGCGUGCCAUUUAAUCCGAAGACAGUUGAUAAUUUCGAUCCGCACAGUGUUCCCACUAUUCAGACACUUAUCAAUGAAGUUGAUGCUUACGAUGCAAAGGAAUUGGCACGACAAAAGGAUGAAUCGGUUGACGUGAGAAAAAUAAAGGACUAUAAAAAAACUGCUAUGAAUAAGUCGUUGCAUAUUUUUCUCGAGUUUCUCAGAAAUCUUGAGGAUUCUAACAGAGAGGAGAAGACUACACAAAAUGAUACACAAAUGGAAUUUUGAGGAUUGAAAACUGGUAAAUAAUUUUUUGUUCCAAAUUUUUUAAAAAUUGACAUUCUUUAUUCAAAGGUUUUAAUUUACCUAAAUUCUCUACUUUCCUGCUUUUCCUGACAAUUUAAAAAAAAUUGAAUUAAAUUUUGUAAAAUAAUAAUAAUUUCCAAAAAAGAUUGUAACAUUUUAUUAAAUAAUUAAAUCUAAAA